GCCGCGACGCCGGCCACACGUAACCGCGCGCGCGGGCCAUGGUCGCGAGAACCGAUGAGAUGUUCGGCUGCUAUGGUGACAGCUACUCGUAUCGCCUGUGGAGCCUGGCCAACGUUUGGGGCUGCCGCUGUGAGUAAUUAGACCGCGAGUGUGGUGAAACGUGCUAGAUGAAAGUGCAUAGCCCGUAUAUGGGAGUUGGCGGUUGGUACGAAUGCUUUGCGGCCGGUUGGCUCGCGGACAUGAGGAGUAAGCAGGUCCCGACUUCCACUACGUCGGCCAGGCGGCUUGCUGCCUUAAUCCGUCCACUCGCAAGUGGGGGUUCAGACGGCAAGCCGGAGGAGGACGAGGACCGGGGCUCCUCCCCGCUGGGCCCCGGGGGCCCGUUCAGCUGCAGCCAGUGCCGCGGCGCCUACCCCACGCGGGAGCAGCUCGAGAAGCACGAGACCCUGCACUCCCCGAGCACUCAGGUGGAUACCGUCCAAUAUACUUGCAAGAUAUGCCACAAGAGCUUCGCGAACGUGUACCGCUUGCAGAGGCAUAUGAUAAGUCACGACGAGAGUGCAAGCUUGCGCAAAUACAAGUGCAACGACUGCGAUAAAGCAUUUAAAUUUAAACAUCACCUUAAAGAACAUUUAAGGAUACACAGCGGAGAAAAACCCUUCGAAUGCGCGAACUGCGGAAAGAAGUUCUCCCACUCAGGGUCUUAUUCUUCGCAUAUGACCUCUAAGAAGUGUCUGGUAAUGAAUCUCAAGAUGGGCAGAAUCAAACCGACUAAUCCUGCCCUUAACCCCGACCGAAGUCCUUCGAGAAAGCGAGCGAAUGCGAUCGUCGCUUCUCAACUAAAUAAUAACAUUACACCGAACGGUAAUUCAUUUUUACCGAUAUUACCAAAAUACAAUGAAGCCGCAGCUUUCUUUGCUUCGAUGUCCUCUCAAGAGGCGAACUACCACCGCCCCCCUUUAGGUCAACCAGGACUUAAUCCUUUCUAUAUGCCUCCUGGAAUGCCGAUGAGCCCCGAGAGCGGUAUAGCUCCAUACAGUUUCCCCGCUUCCUUAAGCCAGCUGUUCCAGCAACUAGCUUCACAACAAUAUCAACAACGGAAGAUAGAAAGUCCUAAUCUUAAACAAAUGAAUCAAUCCCACGGUGAUCCUGAGGAUUUAAUUGAAGAAGUGACAGAGGAAGAUGAUAAGAGAUCAGAAGGAAGUGCAGAACUUGUAAUGGAUAUAGAAGAUGAAGAAAAUGUAUCCGUAAAGAAAGAACAAAAUUUAGAUAAUGAUUUAAGACCACCUUCCCACGAUUACGAAUCCGUCCCAUUAAAUAACAACGGCCCAGAUGUUGACAAUAACCAUGCAGGUUUUAACUCUAUAUUAGAAUCAGUGAGUGCUUCCGUUAGCAAGCAUUUUUUCAGAGCUAACAUGGAAAAAUUGUCACCCGUUUCAGGGAAUACCUGUCCUAGUAUAGAAUCACCGCCAACGCCUCAUGUCAUCAUAAAGAAUGAACCUGAAGAUACUCACAGGUGUAUGAAGUGCAAUCUGACAUUUAAUAACAAGAAUGACUUAUUGGAACAUGAAAAAUUACUAUGUGGAAGUGUGUUUCGCAAACAUGAGAGCUUGGCCGCGCAAGUUGCAGAGACCGUAGCACUGAAUAGGCUAGAAGCUGAAAUGCGAGCAUCCAUACAGAGCGGUGUUAGUGCUAGCGAAGACGAAGACUUCGGAAAAGAAGAUCGCGACGACAAAUCUUUACAUGAUAACGAUAGAAAAAUCAGAGUGCGUACUGCUUUGACUGAAGAACAACAGUCCGUGUUGAAGAAACACUACGCUUACAACCCGCGGCCAAAUAGGGAAGAGUUUAAGAAAAUCGCUCAGCAAAUUGGUCUCGAUAACAGGGUUGUUCAAGUAUGGUUUCAAAACAACCGCGCGCGAGUACGGCGUAUGUCGAAUGCGCUAACCGUCUCGGACCAACCUCUCGACUUGUCCACAAAAAAAUCUAACGUCUCAGUGACAUCUAGUCCGUCGCCUUCGCCUUGCAGCAUUUCAGUGACACAUUCCGAUUCCGAAGAAGCGGUGAAUUUAAGUCAAAAAUCAUCACGAAGUACGACGCCGUAUCGUAAGAAUUACGUUAACACUUAUCCACAUUCCAAUUGCUCCUCUUCUUCCCUCACGGACUUUCGACUGUCGCCAUCGCCCGGUGAGACUCAGAAACGGACUCUCGCUAAAAUGGCGGUCAACCCAUUAAUACCUAUGGAUAAACUACUGCAGUACAACGAUUUAGCCAAUGGGCUACUGAAUAUGCACACUCCAGAUAAUAGACAAGCAUCCAGCCCCCUUUAUGAACGUUCCGUUUGGAGCGAGGAAGUAAAACACCAACCCGAAUUCGACGAUGACGCAACUGUACUUAAAAAGAGCAAGUUGAAAGGAAACGACAUUAAGGAAGGAGAGGGACAAUUUGUAUGCGAUCAAUGUGACAAGACUUUUGUUAAACAAAGCUCCCUGGCGAGGCAUAAAUAUGAACAUUCAGGUCAACGACCCUACAAAUGCAUGGAGUGCCCAAAGGCGUUCAAACACAAGCACCAUCUGACGGAACAUAAGCGACUCCACACCGGGGAGAAGCCCUUCCAAUGCUGCAAGUGUCUCAAGAAGUUUUCACACUCUGGAUCCUACAGCCAGCACAUGAACCACAGAUUUGCUAUUUGCAAACCUUACAGGGACUAAACACCUGACUUUCACCGCUAACUUAGUCUUGGCAUGUUAAAAAACAAAUUGUUACGAACAAAAAUGUUCACAUAGUCCUCAUUCUCUUACCUAGAUAUUCAGCCUUGACAAUAUAAAUGUUCAUUAAUUGAAUCCCAUUUUAGUGACACAUUCCGAUGAUCGUUACUAACAAGUCGACUAUCGUAGUCGCUACCAAAGAUGUCGAUCGCAAACCAAAGAGAAAGCAAAGAAGUGCCAUAGACAAUCGUUGUAGUUUUUUUUAUUAAUAUUUAAGUUACUGGUGUAGAUAAUAAAAAGAUAAUAAAGUAUUUGUCGCUCGGUAUUUAUAUAUUCGGAUGUAAUUUUACACAUUGCUCAACGUCAUAAUAUUUUUAAAUAUGUAUUUUAUUUGUAAUGUGCCAAUGUACCAAAGAUGUGCCACGUUUACCAGAAAUUAUAUUUAAGUAGUUGUACUGACACGAAACCAGUACCUGUAGCAUAAUACUCAUUUUUAAAAACCCAACCAUAAUACGUAUUUAUUUAGCAAUAGUUGUAGUUAGAUAUACUCAUAGCAUAUAAUUUUUUUCAUUAUCUCUCAAAAAUUUAUAAACACGAAUGAAUUAUAAUUAAUAUUUAAUCUUUCAACAGCAGAUACGAGAGCUAACCGAAUUCAUAAUAAAUUGCAUUUUUACAUAGUCUCGUAAAACGUAUAAUUUUCAUUGUUCACCUUCAUCAGUAUUUUCAUCAUCAGCGUAGUAAAAUGAAUCUAAAUUUCUAUAUUCUGUUACAUAACUUCUAAUAAUAUAAAAUAUUUAGCUAGUUUCUAUCUUAAUUAAGUUAAAAGCAUUCCAUAAUACUCCUAUGGGAUCUCUACUGUGUUUAAAAAACUCCUUCUUAGUCCAAAAUUUAGUGUAUUUUUAAUGUAAAUAGAUAUAAAAUUAUUGUAAAUAACAUAGGGUUAUAUGUACAUAAAGAUGGUUUACAUGUAGGUAGUAGAAUAAGCUACCACGUGAUUGCGAAAUAGCGCUACAAUACAAUGAAUAUGAGGACAAUAAUCAACAUCUGUUUAUUGAAUGCAAUAGGAUAUAAAAUAUAAUGUUUAAAUUUAAUACUAAUAUAGACCUUGUUAAUAUUUAUUUAACGGAAGCUUAACAGUUGUAGUGUGAAAUAAAAUUGUAAUAUUCAACGGGAGGCGAUGAGAAUAUAAUAAUGUCAUAAAGCUUAAAUUUUAAAUUGAAAUCUUUCAUCUCAUGUUUCUUCCUUUCGUUAUCAGAAUUCGUAAAUAUUACUGUUAAUUAGAAAAAGAAACCACAUUAUAGUUAUCAAUUGAAAGCUCGUCGCUUUUCGUGAAAUCGAAAUAAUUUCAUGAUAAAUAUUGCCAACAAAUUCAUCGUUCAUCAACCGAUGUACUUACAUUGUAUACUUUACUUAUUAAAUAUAUUAUAAAGCCACUUACGUAGGUAUGAAGUAUUUCGAAAGCUCAAACCUUAUAUAAUUUCUGCAGUAUAUUAGAACAGAAAGUUCCUAACGCGGUAGGUAAGUUGUUUUCUUGAAAGGUUUCUAUGCAACGAAUUAUGUAAAGAAUUCCAGCAAUAUGGUAAUAUUGUGUACAAUUAUAUUUUAGAAGUAAUAUACUAUUUUCGAUAAUCCAAUAUAAAUGUGUUCCAAUAUAAAUCUGGCUUAAUCCUUCUUGUAUAAGAUUUUUAACGCCCUACGUAAAGUUCCCAGUUUCUUCCCAUAACCCACUUGUAGACAUGCAAUGAUUUUAGUAACAAUUGUUCGAUAUUAUUAAUUUUGGAUUAUCUAAAGUAGGAACGAUAGUGUACAUACAUACAAAAAACAUACAGUAUUGAAAGCACAUCCACAGCGGAAUGUAAAUACGUCAAAACGUCGCGGUUACAUUUUUGUAAGAAAGGAACAAAGUACGUUUUGAAAUGAGUUUUUAUAUGUUUAUUUUUAAUACAAACAUGAAUUGAUUAUUGUUAUUUUAUUAUUUGAGUUUUUAGCUUCGAAACUGUGAUCUUUUAUACGUAAUUGUGACGUUUUGAUAUAAUCAGUAUUUAUUCGCUUCAGGUGAAAUCAAAGCUGUAUAAUUUAAUCAUUAAGUGAACAUGUUUUAAAUAUUUCAUAUUUUAUUAUUAAUUAAUAUAAGUGAUUUCAAAAUUGACCGGUGGGCUAGAUAAACCAAAGAAUAAUUAAAUAAACGAUACGGAUACUUGUAAAUAACAACCGUCAUCGUUAGUUUUAGUUUAGUUUCUACGGAUGGAGUAAAUUUUAUAUGAUAAAUAUUUUAUUUUUAUGAGGCAUUAUGUACUAUGGCAAAGAUUAGUUAUAUUCUUCUGCAAUACAAUAUUGCAGGGAAGUAUUUCUUUUAUAAAAUAUAAGUGCUACAGUUAAAAUGUGAAUUCCUAUUGCCAUAAUGUGUUUGUGUGCGUGCGGGGACGCGCGUGUGCUAACUUUUGUUGUAAGCUAAGAACUAGAUUGUUAAACUUACCUAUAGAUUAACAUGUGUUAAAAUAUUGCCUAUAUAAAUUAUAGUAAUUCAUUUUACUUGAUAUUAUAAUGUAUAUUGAA